AUGAUUUACAUGUUCCAUCGAAAGGCGUCUGAGAAUCCUGAGAUACAAAAUCUGUACGAAAGGUGCAAGCAGCUUGCAAGAACAAUUAAAUCACAGGAGAUAACUCAGCAGAGUAUCUGCCCCGAGCUAAGGGAUUACAUGCCAUCGAAACAGACAUCGGACAGGCUUAUCCAAGCCUACCUUCGUACAUUCGAAUCUGUCUACCGCAUCGUGCAUGUGCCAUCAUUUCUACGUGAAUACGAUCAGUACUGGAGAAAUCCUCAGGCAGCCAGCCCGGCGUUCAUCAUCAUGACUUUGCUAAUGCUAGCGAUUGGGAACUCUUUUUGCCAGUCGGGGGACCCAGGCAAAGACUAUGUUCCGCGUUCUACAUCCUCACAGUGGAUAUAUACGGCGCAAACGUGGCUCAGCUCCCCGUUUGAAAAAUCCCGUCUCAAUAUCGCUAGCCUCCAAACACAAUGUCUCCUUCUUUUGGCCCGCCAGACAAAUGACAUUAGCAGUGACCUUGUCUGGAUCUCAGCUGGCGCUCUCCUUCGAACAGCUAUGCAUAUGGGCUUCCAUAUUGACCCUCGUCAUAUCGAUGGCAUCUCUUUCUUCGAUGCACAGCUUAGACGGAGAAUAUGGAAUACAAUUCUUGAGAUUGUUGUCCAGUCUAGUAUGGAUGCUGGAGGCCUUCCUCUAAUUCGUUGUGAUGACUACGAUUGUGAGGCUCCCCUUAACAUUGACGAUGCUCAGAUGGAAGAUGCUAUUCCUAAGGCAAAGCCCCUCGAGGACUUUACCGAAACAUCUCUGCAGAUAGCCUUACGGCGAUCACUAUCUGUGCGUCUACAAAUUGCACAGUUUCUGAACGAUUUCCGCCGAGGCACCUCGUAUGAUGAAGCUUUGCAGCUUAGCAAAAGCCUUAUCAGUAUAUACCGCGAAAGCUCAGCCUUAUUUGACGCUUUUAAAAAUAGUGGAAAAUGUCCUACUCUCUUCCAGUCAAACCUCUACAACUUGAUGACGCAGCGCUUCCUGCUUGCUCUUCAUGACCCCUUUGCUAUAAAGGCAAAAGCUGACCCGAAAUUAUAUUACUCACAUAAAGAAGCCCUCCUAGUGUCCAUGCGUAUCUUAGCACCAUUCAGCACCUCGACAUCGGAAGAUCUUGACUAUACCGCAUUGCUGCUCACAGGCUCGCCAUCAUUUCGGGACGUCCCUACCCAAGCAGCUGCCGUCGUUGGAGAUGACCUCAUUGAACGGAUUAAAGAGCAGAUUAAUACUGCAGUAUCAGCUCCCUAUACGUCAUAUCCUUUGUCACACGGAGACUCCAGGCGUGCUGUGGAGAAAUUUGUCUCCUGUGCAUUGGCACGACUUGAAUCUGGCGAAACUAACAUAAAGGGCUAUCUGGUGUCUGCAUGCUUUCUGGCACAGAUAGAGGCUAUGGAGUGCGGUCAGCCCAUUGAUGAAGCGUUGAGUAGAACUAUAUUGGCAGUUCUUCAAACGUGCUCAAAGAUCUUAGGAGACAGAGUUGAAACACUGAGCCCUUCAAAGCCAGGAAUAGAACUGAGUACAGCGAUUAAUGAGGAAUCAACCUUGACAAAAUUUGAUAACCAGUUUAACUGGUCUCUCGCCGAUGACUUUAUUGCCGUACACUUGAUCUCCACCAGUAACCUCGGAUUCGGUAAUUCCUUGACACCAAUUGUCGUCCUCGCCGGCGCAUCCUCGCGAUUCGGCCACACUUUGUUCCAUUCUUCAUUCAUCCCUUGA